AAAAAUGGCCGCCGCCGGGCUACAUGGAGAACAGCAAGGGAAAACAACUCUAUAGCCACGUUUUCUUCUCUGUCUGGACUUUGAUCCGUGUACACAACACAAACACACCUCUAUAUUACCCUGCUGCCGACUCAGCUUUGAGUGAGUGUUACACGGUGACCCGCUCCUUCCGUCAGGAGGUAGUGCGUGUCUGCCCCUACCAACAUGGCGGCGCUGGGGUUUGUUCUUCAUCUGGCAUUUUUGGCUUGGAAUGUAUUCGGCGUUUAUCAGAAUGUGGCGUUCACUAGUUCGUCCCUGGAACAUGGGGCUCACACAUACGGGGGCAGGUGGAAAUACCUGACCUUUAUUAACCAGGUUAUUCAGACUGUAUUUUUUGGCUUCUGCGUUUCAUAUGACCUGGUUCAGCUGUGUCUCUCCAGUAGGAACCGAAUCUGCUUAUUCCUGACGUGGCUGAAGGACCGUACCUUCUGUAUUCUGGCAUUCCCGAUGAGUGCGUUUGUAGUUACCUCGUUCUGGAGCAUUUAUAAUUACGACCGGGAGCUUGUGUACCCAAAGGUAUUGGACAGCAUCAUUCCACAAUGGCUCAAUCAUUUAAUGCACAGUUUUGUAGUGUUAGUGAUGCUCAUUGAGCUGUUGACUUGCUCACAUCAGUAUCCUAGCAGGAAAAGUGGACUGGCCACACUGAUGCUGUUCUGCAUUGCAUAUCUGUCAUGGAUCCUCUGGGUACAUCAUGCAUCAGGCAUUUGGGUGUAUCCAAUUCUAGAGACUCUGGAUGCUGUGGGUAUGUCGGUGUUUUUUGCGGUUUCUUUCCUAAUUAUGGUUCCUUUCUAUUGCCUGGGAGAGUGGCUGACACAGUUACGUUGGGCAGGCUCUCGAAGACCCUCAAAAACAAAGAAGAAAAAGAAGAGCAAAUAAAGGCACUGCCAAACAUUUAGGACUAUCUUAUUAUUUUUUUUUAUUUUUUAUUGUGAUUCUUCAAUGGAAAAAAUAACCUUUCCCCCUUGAGGGAGGAUGUGACUGCAACAAUUAUAUUGCUGAUUGCUACAGUUAACUGUUGUGCAUUGUAUUUUUUUGUUUUUAUAACUGUAACAUUACACAUCUCUGAGAAUAAUGCUCUGGCUCCACCUAUGUGGUCUCUAUUUAACGCAAAAUCAAAGUUUACCACGGAGGUAAGAGUGUCCAGAAAUGCUGAAUGCCUUCCAGGAUGUUAUAAUUCACUUACAAUGAACAGGUAUCGCUUUCUGCGCUACAGGGGGUGGUUUACAGGAACUGCUGGAACUUUUCCCUCCUGACUGCCAUGUAACAUAUAAAAGUGGAAUGAAAAAAACGAAAACCUGAAUAAGCAUUUUGUCAAUCCUGGUUUCUAAACUUGCUUUUUAGCUGGUUGUGUUUACAUACCGGGGACUCCACUAUCUACAGUAGGAAUGCCUUAAUCUGUAGCCUCACAACAGUCUCUGCACCAAGGAAUUCUGGGUGUAAUGACACGCUCUUAUGUGUCGCUACAUGGCUGAAGUUUUGGCACUAUAUUUUCUAUUUUGUUAACUGUGUAGAUGAAUUCCAGUGAGAUCACUAUGGGCUAUAUAAUGUGUAAAAAGUUUGCCUUUAACAUUGUUGCAUUACUUUUAAUAUUUUGUAUACAAAAUUAAGCUCAGUGGGUCAAAGCUGUGUCUUGGUUAUGUUAAUAGUGGUGGUGGUGAUUGUAGGUCGAUUUGUAGCUUGUAACAAAAAAAAUAAAUGUAAACCAUAUCCCCUUUGUUCCCAAACUGUGUGCCUUGGCACCCUGGGGUGCUGCAAAGCUCUUUGCAGGGGUGACUAGGGUUGGUGGUCUGGGACCAAAUCAAAUUAUUUAUGGUCAUUGAUAGGCAAAACCAGUGCUAGUGGCCAAUCGUAAAACAUGUGGGCAAUCGGAAGCUCAACUGUAGACAUCGACAUAACUGACCUGAAGGAUGACAGGUAGGCACAAUUUACUUACUUACAUUUUUUUUCCAACUUUCAUCCUAGGAGUUCUGUGAAAGAAAUACUGAUGCUCUAGGGUGCUGUGAUUCAAGAAUGUUUGGGAAACGCUGCCAUAUCCCAUCACCCAGCGGUAUAUUUACUGAAGUGCGGGUCUUCAAAUGUGGAGAGUUUGCCCGUAGCAACCAUUGUGAUACUACUUAUUAUUUAUCUAGCACCUUCUAGAACAUAGAUCUGCAAACUCGGUCCUCAUUACCCCACACAGUGCAUGUUUUGCAGGUCUCCUCACAGAAUCACAAGUGAAAUAAUUAACUCCACCUGUGGACCUUUUAAAAUGUCUGUGAGUAAAUGAUACACCUGUGCACCUGCUGGGUUACCUGCAAAACAUGCACUGUGUGGGGUACUGAGGACCGAGUUUGCAGACCUAUGUUUUAGAAGAUAAUUGCCAGAAUCUAAUUGGUUGCUGUGGGCAACAUCUCCACUUCUGUAAACCCAUACUGCACAAUCUGGAUCAGCACUCACUUAGCUGCUUUAACUGACAGCCACAUGAGGGGAUUAUUUAGUACAAGAUGUUAACAGAUUUAUUUCACAACAAAGCUACAAUAACAAUACAUUUACUGUAUACCAUAGCUGCCAGUCUGGUUCAGAAUGCAUUGAGGUAAACAAAUGCUUGCAACAGUUGUUCUGGGAUAUGACCUAUUUCUUCUUUUUGCAUUCUACUAUUAAGGAAGCCUGUAUAUGUCCUAUUAAACAUAUAGUAAGGUAUGGAAUGUGUUGGUGCUAUAGUAAUAAAAGAUGAUACAUUUGCACAAUGUAUGAAAUAAAAUAAUAAAUAAUUCUGUUAAGUCCCAUAUACUAGUUCUACAUAAUACUUGAGCUGAAUAUGAUUGGUUAAUAGACUGUUAGCCUGUAACCCAAUAGAAUACAUCUAUGGCAAAAGCAGGAAAUUUUAUUUCCAGGAAUGGAGGAAAUCUUGAUUAUUGUUGCAUCCAGCCUGUUUGUGAAUAAAAUCUUUAAAUUACAUAUAUACUAAA